GGUAAACGAAGUUGUGGGUUUGUUGAUGUGGCAGGUGAGCCCCAUUGAGUAUGGGCAUGUCCUGCUGGUGCCGCGCCUAGCAGACUGCAUUCCUCAGCAGCUUUCCUCCGACACCUUUCUGGAAGCUCUGAACAUGGCCAUCGAAGCGGACAGCCCCUUCUUUCGUGUGGGGUAUAACAGUUUGGGCGCUUUCGCAACCGUCAACCACCUCCACUUCCAGGCCUACUAUUUAAUGAAACCAUUUGCGGUAGAGAGGGCACCUACCAUGCAAAUUGGAACAGGCGGCCAUGACCAUUCCUUGACCGUCUACGAGCUUAAGGAUUACCCUGUGCGGGGCUUGGUGCUGGAACUUGGGGACAGCCUGGAGGAGCUCGUUCGAGUUGUGGUUGGAACAGCGCAGCGGCUGCAAGAUCGGAACACCCCUUUCAACAUCUUUAUUUCAGACAAGGGUGCAAGAGUCUUCCUCUACCCUCAGCGUUUUGCGGAGAGGCAGGCUGACAAUCUGAUCCCCGAAGAUCUGGUGGAGAUGCAAGUGAACCCUGCAAUGUGGGAAAUCAGUGGGCAUAUUGUCCUCAAACGACGAGAAGAUUACGAGAAUAUCACGGAAGCUAAGAUAUGGAGGUUGCUUGCUGAGGUCUCCGUGGAUGAGGAGCAGUUUGAAGAAGUGAAAGCCAUCUGUCUUGAGGAGCUCGAGUCUCUUCUAUAGGAGGAAAUCAAGAGCACUGAUCUGU